ACUGUCAGGGGUCUGCAGCAGCAGCAGCAGCAGCAGCAGCAGCAGCUCAGUGGAUCCAUGUCAGUGGAACAAGCCAUGCUGAUGUCAGAGGUUUUUCCUCUGCCCUCCACGGUGGGAGGAUCUCCGUGCGUUGAGUCACGCAGCUGUCAAAGAUAGCUGUCACCCACUUUCAGGAUCAAACACAGUCAAUGAGAAAAGGGCUGUGAGCCGGAGGGACGCACGGAGCUCACCUAAAACCCCACGAGUCUCCCACGCAGGACCAGCAAAAGAGGAAAAACUGUUUUUAUUCCCCAAAAAAUAAAAAAAAAUAAUAAUAACCCACGAGCUUUUGAUGAAUAAGGAUUUUCGCACUGAAGGAUAUCUGGAAGAAACGAAGAAGGCACUCGGGCUUUUUCGGACAGUGAUGAAGACGAAAAAAGGUUUGAUGAUGCUGUCGGGGAGUGAGACAGACGAUGAGGACAGCGUGGACGCGCCUCUGGACCUGUCGUCCAGCGCGGGGGGCAAUGGAAAGAGGAAACGGCGAGGGAACCUGCCGAAGGAGUCGGUUCAAAUCCUCAGGGACUGGCUGUAUGAGCACCGUUACAACGCUUAUCCCUCUGAGCAGGAGAAAGCCCUCCUGUCUAAGCAGACUCAGCUGUCCACACUGCAGGUGUGUAACUGGUUCAUAAACGCACGGCGACGACUUCUCCCAGAGAUGCUUAGGAAAGAUGGCAAAGAUCCAAACCAGUUCACUAUAUCCAGGAAAGGCAGCAAGGGAGGCGAGAGCUUCUCCGACAGCUCCCAGUCUCCUAAACACAACAGUGCCACCGCCGCGGCUACAGAGGAGAGCUACGACAAACGCAUCCUGCACCCCUCCAGCUUUGAGCCCGCCACGACCGGCAUUCUAAGGAAGGUGGCGUCCCCGUCCACACCUUCACCGCCCUCCACAUCCCCCUCCCCCGCGCCGGUGCCCACACGGCCAUCCGUCAUCUGUCACACUACUGUCACCGCAGCGAUGCAGGCCAGCCCCGCAGGCCCCCACCCCUCUGCGGCGGGAGCGAACGUUGACAGGGCCACAGAGCUGCUGCAGUCGGCACAGGCGUUGCUCAGGUGCCGGAAUGAGCUUCCAGCCCCGACCACCACCACCAUCCUCAGCAACGGCGGUGGUGGCGUCGGCGGCAUGGAGGGCAACCUGAGCCCCCGCAGCGGGCUGUUCAACACCCCUCCCCCAACCCCCCCAGACCUCACACAGGACUUCAGCGGCUUCCAGCUCCUGGUGGACGUGGCCCUGAAACGGGCCGCCGAGAUGGAGCUGCAAGCCAAACAGCUGGUCUCCUAAAGGAGGCUGAAGACAGACUGACUUUGUCUCCCCACUCUGGAACUCCCAGCGGGUUCAGCGAUUCUGUCUGCACGCAACAGAGAACAAAUCCAUGUAAAAGCCUGAUCAUUUCUAUUUUUGGUAUACCAAUCAAAGUAAUGAAGUUUUUUUUUUUUAUUAAUUGAAAAGAGAAAAAAACUAUUAAGGUGCCUUGGCUGUAAGUUGUUUAUUCAUUUCAUAUACAUGCGUAUGUUUCUACAUGUGUAUCUUAUUUGCACACGGGGACCAAAAACGUUGAAAAAUGCUGCCUGUCUUCCACGUUUCCACUAUGCCGUUUCUAGAACGUAGCAGGAGCCCGGAGCUUUCCCGAUUGGUCGAUUCCGAACACGUUUGCUGUCUUACAUUUCAGAGAUCUGUUCACGAUCGUUCUGCCUCAUUUGUUUGCACACGAAGGCAGGCGAAGGUCAUCUCAGUGUCUUAAAGCGACUUCGCUCGGCGUCAACCGCAAACUUAUUCACUACUGUAGUAAAUGUUACACGUUUUUCAUUGAUAUAGUUUUGAUUUUUGUUACUUUUAGCUAUUUUAAAUUUUAAAAAGAAACCUCUGCUUUUUUAAAAAAAACUCUUUCCCACGCAGGACAUUUCAGACAACCGAUGUAGCAGGUUCAUAGUCUGAACCUUCAUCCCAUCACUCAGCGAAAUGACGGCCAGUGGACUGAAUAAUUUAACACUACAGCUGUUUUACAACCGUACAAUAACAGCAUUUUGAAAUUACCAAAAACGACAAGAAGAAGAUGGUUUGAUGUAUAAUAGGACCAUGUGUACAGUUAAUGUGACACCAUGCCCAUUGAUGUGAUUUCUUUUCUUACUGUGCAAUGUUUGUGGCAAACAGGGGUCACAUGGGAUUCAAAUAAAACUGUCUUUUUUCUACAUCUCA